AAAGGAUCCUUGCUGUUGUAUCACGCACGAUCCUGAUGCUCGGUCCAUCUUGAAACACGAGACCGGCCGGUUGAGACGAUCGACGAACCGGCACGUCACGACGCCUCUCCCCCACUUUCGUCAGAUUUCUUGCCUUGGCCUCGGGUCGUUCCGUUCUCCUUCAUUCGCGGCUAGUCAGGCACCGCAUGGUUGUGUGCUCCAUCUCAACCUUGCUACAAUUUAUUUGCAAAUUUAUUAUGGCGGAGGAAAAGGAACGCACCUUUAUCAUGGUGAAGCCAGACGGCGUGCAACGCGGUCUGGUCGGCAAAAUUAUCCAGCGAUUUGAGGACAAAGGCUUCAAAUUAGUAGCUAUGAGGAUGGUGUGGCCUACUGACGAGCUUUUGAAGCAACACUACGCUGAUUUGGCAUCGAGACCCUUCUUUCCAAAUUUAGUUAAAUACAUGAGUUCGGGACCAGUUGUACCAAUGGUUUGGGAAGGCUUGAAUGUCGUGAAGACUGGUCGUGUGAUGUUGGGCGAAACGAAUCCAAAAGAUUCCGCACCUGGUACAAUCCGUGGUGAUUUUUGUAUACAAGUCGGUCGGAAUAUUAUUCAUGGUUCCGAUUCUGUCGAAUCGGCCAAGAAGGAGAUCAAUCUAUGGUUCGGCGAGAAGGAAGUGAUCGACUGGUCGCGUGCGUCAGAGAAGUGGAUCUAUGAGUAAGGAUUUCUGAUGGAGAAAAAUUAUCCCAGAAGACACCAUCUCUCUAUGAAGUCUUUAGAGAAUUUUCCAAAACCUCUACUGCCAACCAAGUUAUAUACAAAUAAUUCGACUUAUUAGAAGGCUGAGAUUUAAAUAAAAAUAAUUUUUAUUUGUAAAGAAUGAAUAAAAGAUUGUGGCCCUCUUUAUCAAAA